AUGAUGCCUCCCGGUUUGAUUGACUUGUUUCAUCUGUUUGAUAGAGUGCGGGCCGAGCUGGUCGAGAUCAUGAGAUCAAAACAGUCCAGAGCUGCGAGUGAUAAAUUUCUCGGACCAACCGGCAAAGAGUCCGUAUAUGAUUCUGUUUUGGAUGACCCUUCCUUGCCAGACUCAGAAAAGACUCUUCUUCGACUAGAACAAGAGGUGGCAAAUCCCAUGAUUUUUCACAAAUUGCGCACUGAGCUCAGCACCGCUUCAACCGGUAGCUGGACAGAGCUGGAAAAGCUGCCAUAUCUUUCAGCCGUGAUCGAAGAGGGCAACCGUCUCUCUUUUGGGGUGACAGCCCGAACUGCGCGCAUUGCCCCGGAAUCAUUAACUUACUCUCCAUCUUCACACGUCAAAUCUCCAACGACAGCUUCUCAAACAUAUACUAUACCGCCGGGAACCCCGAUAAGCAUCUCCACGUUAAGUGCGCACACUGCCGAGUCAGUCUUUCCUGACCCAUUUACCUUCGAUCCGGGCCGCUGGCUUGGAGAAGAAGGACGACAAUGUCGCAAGUUUCAAAUGGCAUUCUCCAAAGGCGGGCGGAAAUGUUUGGGGAUUGAACUUGCUCGUGCAGAGCUCUACCUUGUGAUCGCGGCACUGGUCCAAGAAUUCGACAUGACACUCUGGAGGACGGACGCAAGUGAUGUGGCAUUUCUACAUGAUUACCAAGUGGCAACGCCAAAGCUAGACUCUAAAGGAGUCCAGGUAAAGGUGACGCGGGCGGGGUCUGGAAUGGAAAUAUGA